UCGCUCUAUCCGGCACAGGGAGCGGUUCGAGUGGAUCCACUUCCGGGUGAGCCCGGAGCAGCUGGUUCCGGAUCGGCGGCGGCGGCGGCGGCGGAGGAAUGGAUCGGCGGGGCUGAGGAGACGGACACAGAGCCGACAGAAGUGAAGCAAAGCAGCAGGGAGCUCAUGGACCCGGUACAGAUUACAAAAGACCCGCUUGCCUCGUCCCCGCCGGUGGCAGGAGGCAAGAGCAUGGACCCGCUGGAGCAGAGCCUGCCAACCAUUGCGUCCAUCGACACCUCGUACUGGCGGUGCCAGGCCGGCCUGGGGGAGCAGUGGCCGGCCCCGGCACAGAGGAGGGCCAUCUCAGACGUGCGCCGGACCUUCUGCCUCUUCGUCACGUUUGACCUGCUGUUCGUGUCCCUGUUGUGGAUCCUGGAGCUGAACACAAAAGCUGGCAUUGAGAAAAACCUGAAGGAUGAGAUAAUCGAUUACAAUUUCAGGACUUCAUUUUUUGACAUUUUUUUACUGGCCGUCUUCCGCUUCCUGGUGUUGCUGCUGGCCUACGCCGUCCUCCGGCUCCGUCACUGGUGGGUCAUCGCGAUUACGACUUUAAUUACCUGCGGCUUUCUGAUUGUAAAAGUCAUCCUCUCGAUACAGGUAAGACGGCCUGCGUUUCUGGUUGUUCUGGUUUUUAUAACGGGGCGGGUUCGCGAGUCGCGGGCACGCUACGUGGUGACGCUCACGGGCUUCCCUCGGACCGUGUCGGUCGCUGAGGGCGAACGCCGCGCCCCGCUGCACGUUUUGAUGUUCACCCCUCCGAUCUCUUCGCUCCGGGGCUGGAACUGUCAGGCAGAGGGAGCCUCCCGCGCGUCCGGGCGGAUUUUGUGUGUUUUCCCACGGAGUCGGCCUCCUGUCCUUGAGAACGAGCAGCUCGAGCGAGGCUUUCCGGCACCAGGGGAUCAGGGGUUCAGUUUCCAGCCGCGGCCUUUCGGAACUUUGUCGCCUCUCCCCGUGACCGUGUGGGUUCCCUCCGGGGGCUCCGGUUUCCUCCCGAAGGGCAUGAGGGUUAGGGAUAAAGAUCCGAAGAACGAAGCCCUGACCCCAGCCUACGUCGUUCUCCGGGUCAGCGAGGGCACGGAGCCCUCCGAACCCUACGGCGGGGUUGCGGUCCCCUUGGUGGGCUUAGUGAGUCGCCGGCGCGCUACGUUGGCGCCACUUGCGGGCCGCCCCCCAGCACGUCCUCGGCCUGUGAUGGCCGUCGACGCAGGCGAUGAAUUUUGCUAUCCCCCAGCUGUGGGUAAACAGCCCCACUGCCCUGUGGGCAGCCUCGGGAGAGACGGAAGUCUGCGGGAGAGAACCCAGACGGCAAAUCCGGAGCGGAGCCCCAGUGGACGUCCUCCGGGCAGCUCCUGCGUCCGAGCUGGAAGUUUGAUCUCUUACCUGUGUGCCGACCUUAUUGUGUCCCCUGGUCAGGCGAUGCUGCAGUGCCCGGCGGAGUUCGUGUAUCAGGAAGUGAUUCUGCAACCGGAGAAGAUGGCGAUGUGGAACAGGACGGUGGCUGUAUGUCAGGUUCUGCAGCGCGUGGACGAUAACACCUUGAUCACCUACGAUGUUUCUGCCGGUGCCGCUGGAGGGGUCGUCUCCGCCAGGGACUUCGUGAACGUGCGUCGCAUUGAGAGGAAGGGGGAAAUGUACAUCUCCGCGGGCAUGUCAACCACUCAUGACUCCCGGCCCCCGCUGAAGAAGUACAUCAGAGGGGAGAACGGGCCAGGAGGUUUUGUGGUGAUCAAAUCUUUCCGGAACCCCAGCGUCUGCACCUUCAUUUGGAUACUGAACACAGAUUUGAAGGGCCGCCUACCGCGAUACCUGGUCCAGCAGAGUCUGUCGGCCACCAUGAUCGAGUUCAUGGCGCACCUGAGGCAGCGGGUGCGGGAGAUGAGCGAGGACGGACGCCAGUGACCGCGGCGUGUCUCCCCGGGAGGCGGGCGAUUGUCCUGGGACCAAACGACAGCCCGGGCCGAUGGGCCGAAGCCGUCUUUCACAGAGUGCCUGACCCGACGAAGCCCAAAAGCGAUUCUGCUCGUCGAUUUUUCGAAGUCUGAACGUAAAUGUGUUGUUCUGCUGUCUGUGCUGGCGGGAGGGGAGGGGGCUGGCUCUGGCCCUGGGUCCUCGUUUUAAACCGAUGGAUGCCUUGUGUGCUUUGUGCCCGCCUGGGCCCCGCAGUGCCCUACGUGUCUGUGAGCCGCUGCCGGGGUGGGGUGGGGGUGUGCAGUGCGGAGCAGAGGAGAGCUUCUGGGGGGUGGGGGUGCUGCUUCCAUGCGAACCAGGCCUCUUGGCCCAUCAACGCUACCCCCACCCGGCCGCGGUUGGUCUGACUGUCACCUCGGCACCGGAUUCCCCAUCUGCAGCCCGCCCGGCUCUCGCGUCACCGUCUGACCAGCUACCUCGGCGUCAGAGGGCCGGGAGGGGGAGAGCAACCCCGGGUGUCCCUCGUGCGGGGCCUGGGGAACGGAGGGGAGUCUGUGAGCAAGGCUCCCCUCCCUCACCCCCACUUUGUUGCCGACCCUGCGUGCCGGCUUUUGUGUGAAUUAAAAGCUGUUUUUAAAGAAG